GUAACUUUUCUUUUCUCAUUCAUUAAAUGUUGGAUGCAUGAGAAUUUAUUACUGACAGUGUUUUCAUAUAAUAGUAUGGUAUAUCACUAUAUACCAGACUCAACAGACUUAUCACUAAAGCAGCAGCCAAUUCCACUGGAUGGCGGCUAUGGGUGGAUCGUCGUCCUUGCAUCAUUUUUUAUUCAUUUUAUUUGUGAUGGUAUUUCAUUUUCAUUUGGUAUAAUGUUCCCAGAAAUUCAAGAAUACUUUAACGCAACAAAAACAAUGUCCGGUGUAGUUGGAUCUAUUUUUUUGUCCAUACCAUUGCUAUCAGGACCGCUUGCUGGUGCUUUAACUGAUAUAUACGGCUGUCGACGCAUGACAAUUAUAGGUGGAUUAAUAGCAGCUGCUGGUGGAUUUCUAUCUUUUUUUGCGUUUAAUGUCUGGCACUUUUUGUUUUCGUUUGCGUUUAUUACUGGCAUUGGCUUAAGUUUUUGUUUUAACACCGCUAUUGUUGCUGUCACUUACUACUUUGAGAAAAAAAGGGCGAUUGCAACGGGUUUUGCUGUUUGCGGUUCUGGCGCGGGUACAAUUGUUCUUGCACCAUUUAUCGAGAUGGUCAGUUUGGUUUUUGAAAUGCAUCAUUACAAAUUUGUUUUUUAUGCAGCAAAAGAUAUUGUUCCUGCAAGUCAUGAUUUUUGCAAUUCGCAUCAACUGACUCCAUUCAGUCCAGCACAAAGUCGCGUACCUGCAACCAAUGCUAACUUUAUGUCGCAAGCUAAGCCAUUUGGUGUUGUCUUGUGUCGACGAAUACCUUCUGCACCUACUUUGUGCUAUCUGAAAAAGCGCAAGCAACGACUGGCACAGUUGCAAAAAGUAAAUGUUAUAUUUUGCAUCUUCCUGUUGAGUACAUUCAUCUUGUAUAUAUUCUUCGACAUACCAUAUGUCAAUUUACCGGAAUAUGCUGUCGAAAAUCACAAUUUAACUGAAACAGAAGCCUCAUAUCUGGUUUCUGGUAUUGGUCUAACAAAUAUGGUCAGCAUGCUGAUUUGCGGUGUUCUUGCUGAUUGGCAUCGACACAUUAUCCUAUUGUAUGGAUUGUUUAUAACUUUAGCCGGUCUAUGUGUUACUUUGGUUCCGUUUGCAAAUUCUUACUUUCACUUGAUGUCACUUUGUAUUGGUUUCGGCUUUUUUAUCAGUGCCAACUUCACUUUAGCAUCUGUGAUAACGCUUCAGAUUUUAUGCUUAUAUAAUUUUCAAAUUGGUUAUGGAAUUCUGUGUUUAGUAGAAGGUCUUGGGAAUCUUAUUGGCCCGGCAUCAGUCGGUUUUAUACGGGAUAAUCUUAGUGGCUACGAUAAUAUAUUCAUAUUUGGAGGAGCAGGCACAAUGUUGUCCGGAUUGAUGGUCAUCGGUAUUGAAAUUUGUUUGUUGUUUAAACUUAAUUUUAAGGAAUAA